AUGAUAUAUCGGUUUUAUUAUCGAUCAUGUAAGGAUAUUUAUCAACCGACAUAUAGGUUUCGAAAUGAUGUGUAUGUACCAACAUCUAGGGUUAGUGCGAGAACAUUAUCAGCUGUGUCAGAAGUUGAGUUGAACAAAAUUUUUGCGUCAAAAUCAGAAUUGCAUCCACAAAUGAGUUUGUUGGCUUUGAAGAAUAAUUACGAAUACAAAGUGGUCAAGUUAACUAAGAAGGUAGUGUACGCAAAAUGUAAGCACGGUAAUUGUAAAUGGCGGUUGAGGGAAGCCAUGCUUGGCACUUUUUUUGGUUGGACAAUUAGGAAAUAUGUAAAUACUCAUUCAUGUUCAUCUUCAAUAAUGCGUCGCGAUCAUUGUCAGAUGAAGAGCAGAAUAAUUGGUUGUUAUAUAAAAACCAAUUUCAAGGAUGUUAAACGUAUUUAUAAGCCUAAGAACAUUGUUGACGAUAUUCGCAAGCACUUUGGGGUCAACAUAAGUUAUGAUAAGGCAUGGAAAUCGCGGGAAAAGGCUUUAGACAUGAUCAAGGAGGGUGCGAAGGAAUCAUUCCAGUUGCUUCCAUCUUAUUUAUACAUGUUGAAGUUGAAUAACCUCAGGACUAUUGUAGAAUUCAAGAGAAACAGUGGAAACAGAUUCAAGUACCUUUUUAUGGGCAUUGGUGCAUGCCUUGCCAGAUUUCGUAGCAAGAUGCAGCCCGUAAUUGCAGUGGACGCUUGUUUCCUUAAGGACAAGUAUCUUGGUAGUUUGUUUGUUGGCACGUGCAAAGAUGGUAACAAUCAUGUUUAUCUUAUAGCGUGGGGAGUCGGAGAUGAGAAUGGUUCAUGGGAAUGA